CCUGCAAAGUGAUGCACAGUAAAAUAUGGCGGCCAACAUAGAGCAGAUUUUCCAAGAUUUCAUAUUGAGUAAAAUCAGAGAAAUUGAAGACCAGAAUGAAGACAAAUCUGCUGGUGAAGGAGUGGGUGCUGACAGUGCAAUGGAUGGAGCAGAGAAAGCCACUUCAGAAAGGGAGAAAGAGGAAGACUUCAGGGGCAGUGGUUCACAAAAGAAACAUAAGAAGCACAAAAAACACAGGAGUAAGAAGAAGAGGAGGAAUCGAGAGAAGGAGAGCAGCUCGGAGUCUGCGGCAGAACUGGAGGGAGGAACCAAGCAUCGUCCAAGAAGAGGAACACCAAGCGAGGUGAAUAAGGAGGAAGGUGAGGAAAAGAAGAGUAAGUCCAAAUACCACAAGCGGCACUCAUCAGGAAAGAGGAAGAAGAAGAAGAAGAGGAGGAGGAAAGGUGAAGAGAGCUCAUCAGACUCUGACUCUGAGUACGUGUCAAAGCAGAGGGACAGUAAAUAUGAUCAAAGCUUAUCGCCAAGGCGACGAGAGGAGCUGCCUGAUAUCAUCCCCAAACAGGACAGCUCCAAUACAGGAAGAAGAGAGGAGGAAAGACACGGCAGGAGGAGCUGCCGUUCCCGUUCGCAUUCACAUUCCGAUUAUCAUUCACAUUCCUGCUCAGUGAGUAGGAGCUCGCGCUCUCGGUGUAGACGCCACCGCCGCCGAAGAUCUCGGACUCGCUCCUUAUCCAGUUCACAGCAGCAUAGGACCCGGUCCAGCUCUUCUGAGAAGAGGGAAGCUUUGGAUGAAUCCAUACAGUCCCCCCGAGGUCCUUCAAAAAGCCUCCAGCCAACUCAGCUGGCCUCCAGCCCUGCCCGAAGACACAUCAAAGCAGAGGAGCUGACGGAGACGGGCACAGUGGAGCUGCAGAGCCCUGAGCACUGUGAAAAGCCAGCAGAGAAGAAGGAAGAGAAAGCAGAGGACACAGCACAAAAACUAGUUCCAGGUUGUGGCACAUCCCAGUCCCAGCUGAAUCAGUCCAUAGCUUGUGAAUCUGAGCAGACCACCGAGGCCAGCUUCCCUCAGCUGAAAGGAUCGGAAUACUCCAGGUACCCUGUCACCAGUGUUAAAUCACCAGCAAAGAAGAAGAGGAAAUCAACCAAGUCCCCACAGAGGAACAAAGAAGGAAAGUCAUCAAAAAGGCAGAGAAGAUCCAAGUCACCGUGUAGGAGCCGCAGGAGGGGAUCCAGAUCGAGGAGCCCUUCAAGAAGGUCGAGAUCACGCUCGAGGUCAGGGGGCCGGAGGUCGUGGAGGUCACGCUCGUGGUCGGUGUCACGGGGUCGGAGGAGGGCUACAUACAGCCAAAGGGACCGGUGGAAACGAGAGCCGAGUCACUCCCCGGUACUCAUCCUCCGCAAAAACAGGUCCCCCACCAGGAAACACUGCAGUUCGAGCAACAGCCCUCAACGCAUCAGUGAACUGGAUAAGGACCAGUUGUUGGAAAUUGCCAAGGCCAAUGCAGCUGCUAUGUGUGCCAAAGCAGGUAUGCCCAUCCCUGCUAGCCUGAGGUCCACGGUGCUUCCCCUGGCUCUGCCAAGUAUGGCCAUGAAUGCUGCUAUGGCCAGUAUGACUGCUGCCACCAUGACAGCAGCCUUGUCUAACAUGGGAACUCUGUCUUCACUGCUCUCACUGCCCUCCAUUACCAACAAGCCACCUCCUGCUGCCGCCCAACCCAACAUUGCUGCUCUGGAGGAGGUGAAGAGGAAAGUAGCCAAGCAGGCCAACAGCAUCAGCAUUAAGGAGUUUACAGAUAAAUGCAAGAUGAUCGUGGACAGUAAAGGAGAGCUGCCGGUGGCAGUGCCUCACAUUUCAGACGAAGAGGAUGAUGGGAAACCCUUUGGAGGAUCAGCUCUUCGAGAACAGAAAGCCAUCAGCUUCAGCAUCAAUAACACAACAGUUCGUCCAGCAGUGCGUAGCGACGCAGGCAUGGCAAAGGAGUUUCCUGUGUCUUCAGGAUCCCAACAUCGCAAGAAGGAGGGCGAGGGAUUGGGCGCCUAUGGAGAAUGGGUUCCGGUUGACAAAGCAGCAGACAAAGCUGCCGCUGCCUCCAGAAAGACCCUGACCGCUGUUCCCACGGCGUCUGCUACCUCAUCAUCAUCACUAGGUGAAGCAGCGGCGAUAGGGUCACCAGAGGCUGUGGAGCAGCCGGGGUUUACGCCCGUCAAUGACAGCGUUUUCCCUGACCCACUGCAGCAGCCAGUAGACAUCUCUCAGGCUGUAACUGAGAGAAUCAAAGCUCAGAGGCGAUUGGCUGAGAACCCCUAUGAUGUCAGUGCCAUCUGCAUGCUCAGCCGGGCACAAGAGCAGGUGGAUGCAUGGGCCCAAUCCAAUACUGUUCCUGGUCUGUUCACUGGUUCAACUGGAGCCCAGGUCCUCAGCUCUGAGGAGCUGUCCAACAGUGGACCACAAGCAUGGCUGAAGAAGGACCAGUUCCUCAGGGCGGCUCCGGUAUCAGGGGGUGUUGGGGAGUUCCUGAUGAGAAAGAUGGGCUGGAAGACAGGAGAGGGCCUUGGGAGGAACCGCGAGGGUACCGUGGAGCCGAUCGUCAUCGACUUCAAGGUCGACCGCAAAGGACUAGUUGCUGAAGGAGAGAAGCCACAGAAGCAGACCGGAGGACUGGUGGUCACCAAGGAUCUCAUGGGAAAGCACCCGGUGUCCGCUCUAAUUGAGCUGUGCAACAAGAGACGGAUAAUGCAGCCAGACUUUGUCAUGGUUCACCACAGUGGUCCUGACCACCGCAAGAAUUUUCUCUUUAAGGUCACAGUAAAUGGUGUGGACUACCAGCCUCAGACAGCUAGCCCCAAUAAGAAACAUGCCAAGGCCAUGGCAGCUACAGUUGCCUUGCAGGCUCUGGGAGAGGUUCCUGUUGAUGGACCAGGACUCUACACUGGCCCUGUCUUCACUGCUGCUUCUACCGGCCCCCUGUUCUCCACAUAAACACACACACACAAGAGUGUUUCGUUUUUGUUUUUUUGUUUUUUUUUUGUCCCAUUAAAUAACCGGCCAAUCAUUUCUACUCCGAUUGGCUUAUUUAUAUUCUAAGAAAUAAACACAAAAUAUUCUCAGCACACAAAAAGUCAGAACUACGGAGACCACUCUGGCUUCAGAUGGCACAGAGUAUCUUUAAGUCAAAACUACAAGUGACCAAUUUUCUACCUGCAAAACCACACUUUUGUUUCUGUUUCUUUUUUUAAGUCUGUAUAUUUAUUGCAGGGUGGCAAAUUUUUUUUUUUGCCAGGUUGUUACGGUUGAGAAAGUGUUUCCAUCUCAUGUUAGAAGUGGAUGGCAUGUAUUUAUGUAUCUAUGUACGUAUGAUGACAUUUAUAAUAUAGUAGCAUUUCAGCCUCAUAUGUAUUAGCUUGCCAAUACUUUUAGUCUAACCCUAGACCAGACAGGAGUUUCUCUGCAAUUUGUUGUUGGUCACGGCAAAGCAGAGUGAAGUUGGUCUAUUAAUGAAACGCUAUAUCUGUAAAUGACUGUGUCUUAUUGGUUGGCACCUUUUCUGUUGGUCCUAAUGUUAUAUUUGUGGCCUGGCGUCCCUGUUUCUCAUAUAAGACGCUGCUAAACUUUGUGGAACUGACCUUCUAAAAAUGUGUAAACACAAAAUAAAGAUUCUAUUUAUGUUAUGUUGUA